AUGUGUGAGGUGUAUUCCAAUGCUCCCGGUCAAAUGUUCAAAUGUCGUGGACCAUGCGGUCGACUGGUGCAUCCUGCAUGUAUGCGUUACAAAAUCCCUCCUCCAGCCGACAACAAUCGUGAAGAUCGAUUCCAAUGCCCGGAAUGCCUUACGGGAAAUUACCUAUGUCGGAUUUGUGGAAAGCCGGGUGAUUCGAGCGCUCAGAGUACCGUCGGACCCGUGAUUCCCUGUCAGUCUCCUGGAUGUGGUCGUCAUUUUCAUCGGGAUUGUUUACUCGAUUGGCCUGGAGUGACAACACGACCCCCGGGCAGUAAUAACGGAACCACCAAAAGUGCUGACUUUCAGCUUAUCAAGUGUCCUGCCCAUUGUUGUAAUACUUGUGUCUCGGAGCUAGACGAAUCGUUCCCCACUGAUGCACCGCUUCCGGGUUCCAAAGACCGCGAACUUCUCCAAUGCGUCCGUCGUGGCGUGUUUCCUCGGUACGCCCAGAUCGUUUGGGCCAAAAUCCAACAUUUUCGAUGGUGGCCUUGUGAGAUUAUUCACGCACGAAAUGCUCCGAUGAAUAUUUUGAAUAUGGCUCGUCCGGAAGGCACAUUUCCGAUACAUUUUCUCGGAUCUGACGAAUACCAGUGGAUCGCUCGUGGCUGUGUUCUUCCAUAUGAGAUCGGACUGAAAACGUCCGCUGCAAAAGACAGUCUAGGCUCGAAAAGUGUGGAGAAGGCCUUCACUCGAGCCUUGGGACGAGCACCUCGAGCGCAUCAACUGUAUGUGAAUCAUGUGGUGAAGCGUGAACUGCCACUCACCUCUAUGCAUGCGGAAUCGUUGCCAGACGAGGAGCUUCUUCCACCCACUGCCAUGGAUGCGGAUAUUGUUAUUCAUCGAAACUUGGAUGAAGAUCUAAAAAUGACCGCUACCGCCUACAUGACUUUGAUUGAAAGCAAUGUGUAUUGGACGGAAGAAUUGCUGAGAAAAGUACGAGACGAUGAGGAUUCGAAACUCUCCUCGCUGGAGUCGUGUUGUACGUGCAGUUCCGCCGCCGAAUCCAAUUCCCCCGGAAAAUGCACACUAGAGAUUCAGUGUCCGAAUGUAAUGGCAUCGAUUGAGUGUGACCGACAGCGUUGUUCGUUCGGUACCACGGAUUGUGGCAAUCGUCAAUUCUCCACAAUUAGCCAAAACUUGGAACACGACUUGUUCAAUGUGGUGCGAACUGUGAAUCGGGGUUACGGAGUGAAAACCACUAUCCCCUUUAGUGAACACGCAUUAGUCAUGGAAUUCCGUGGUGAGGUCGUCGAUAUUGACGAGGCUAAUCGACGCCUAACCGAAGCUCUGGGUCCAUCCGCCUUGGCCAAUCUGAGCUCAUCCCGCAAAGGCUUUCAACCGUUGGCCGAAUCGUAUCUCAUCCGUUUAGGACCGGAUCGAGAUCUUGUGUUGGAUGCGGCUUCGAAGGGCAAUUUGGCACGGUUUAUCAAUCACUCGUGCGAACCAAACUUGGUUGCCGAGUGUUGGAUAGUCGAUGGCUUGCCACGAUUAGGUCUGUUUGCUACAAGAGCCAUUACUGCGAACGAAGAGUUAACUUUAGACUACGUUCUGGCUGAUUUUCUUGCUACCGGACUGAUGGGUUCGCAGAGCCUGUGUCUUUGCGGUACUGACACUUGUGUCAGUACAUUGCACUUACCUGCAAGUUUUCCCCCGGUCACUACCACUGCCAGUAAAACAGAAGAGUUCCCGCAACCGGAAACCGCACGUUCGCCGGCUCCGGAACGGCGCAAAUCCAGACGCACUGACCCUCAGGCUACAGAAACCAAACCAGAACAGGAAAAGCCUGAACGCAGCGAACAGGUGUUAUCUGUUGCUAAUCUGCUGGCCGCGGCUGCUUUAAAUCGUUCAUCCGCACGACGCCCCUUGAUUCAACCGAGCACCGCCGCUGCGCGUGCAUCGAAAGAGCUGGGCAAAGCAGCACCUGUCACUCUUUCGAAUAGGGCUACGACUAAGUCAGCUCAAAGCAAGAUCGAAGAAAGUUUACCGCUGACUCUCCGGCCUCCUCCACAUGAAGACUUUUGUUACCGGUCAGUUGCUCAAUUCGUAUGCGUACAGUGCUGUCUCUAUGCUGUUGAUAAUUUGUGCUCACAUUUGAACUUCCGGUAG